AUGGCAUUGUGGCAGUUGCUCCUGCUCUAUUUGAGCCCGAGGCUCUGGGCUCAGAGGGCAUAUCUUUGUGACCGAAUCCAAGCUGUGAAGAACGGUACCGUCAAGCAAGACUGGGCUCUUGAAGGCAUACACCUUCACAUUGGCAGUGGCAUCUAUGACACGCGCUUUCUAAGGUUAAAUGAGUGGAACAAGUACGUUGGCUUGGAGGUGGACCUCAUGGAUGAGCUGGCGAGACGUGCAGGUUUUACCUACACCAUUGUGAUUCACGAUUGGACCAACGUUACCAGCUAUCGGAAAGCACUGAAACAACGGAUGCAGCUGCAAGACAUGAUCACCUUUGCUUACUGGUUCAUCACCCCAAGUCGCAUGGCGAUGGGGGCUUAUAGCCCCUAUGGAUUUCUUGAUUCCAUGCUUUUUGCAACUAUUGUUCCGCCAGAAAGGUCGCGGCUUUCCUUUGAUGAGAUCUUUUCAUUCCUCACACCCUUCAGCCCAGCUGUUUGGUUCAGUUUCCUUGCCCUGAUGUUGGCAACCGGUUUGAUGUACCGCUUCCUUGAAGCGUCAAUCAACGACGAAGACUAUCCAGAUGGACAGAAAGGAAUUUUCAAUGUGCGCUACAUCAUGGAUUCGGUCUUCAAAUCCUCGGGCCACAUCACGGGCGCCAGCGGCUUUAGCCCUAAGACCUGGCCCGGAAAGAUCCUGUUGAUGUCUUGGACCUGGUGUAUCGUCCUGACAUUGUCUGCCUACACUGCCAAUUUGGCGUCUUUCUUGGUGGUGAAAGCCGACCAUGCUGCAGGGUUUACCAGCCUCAACUCUGCAGUAGCGCAAGGGAAAAGUGUGUCUGUUCAGCAAGGAACUCCGUUGGAAACUUGGUUUACUGCGAACUACCCCGACUACUCACACACCCAGUCCAUGCCCUUGCUGCCAGAAGAGCGAGCCAUGAUGCUGACGCGGGAAGAUAUUUUGAAGCAACUUCCAAAUGUGAAUCCACGUUGUGAUAUGAAGAUCAUUGGGGAGCCGCUACUGAAUAUCCAAGCUGGUUGGAUGGUCACAAACGAUGUGAAAGACAACUGCACUAUUCUGGUCCGUGAUGUGCUGGCUGUAUGGUUUCUCCGAAUGGACUUGGAUGGGACUCUGACAGAGCUGACCAAGAAACACCUGACACCAGUACAGACAUGUCCCAGCACCGUGGAGCAGGCAGCAUCCGGUGCAACACGAUUGGAGUUUGAGAACAUGCUGGGCAUUUUGAGUGUUCAUGCUGCUGGUGCAUUGAUUGCAGUCAUGGUCUACUGUGUAGCAAUGUGCACCAAAAAGAUGCCUCCACCCAUCUCAGCCAUCAAGAGCUUCAGCCAUCGCGAUCAUGAGCAACCAAGGUUGCCAGAGAGCGAGGCAGCUGCUGGUGAGCCUUUCGAAGUCAUGGUGCAAGAGGCGAUUCCACGAGAACCCACGGCGCUGCCUCCAAACAUGACAUGA